GACGAGCGGGCCACUUUGCAGGCGUUCCCUAUGGCCGCUUGGCGUUACGCGCAAUAAACGUUCUUAUAGCCGACUUUCCCGCGACAGAGAAUGGCUAAUUCUGCGCGCGGGCUCGAAGGGGUGCUUGGGGUACUGACUGCGCGGACUGCCCAGAGCCACCCAGGCUCCGCGCAAGCGCAAUUUUCGCACCUUAUAACAUCCUGUCUUGGGGCCACGGUGGUGCACAUGCGCACACGUUGCGCCUUGUUCCCCGUGGGAGGUGGGGCCCGCGAGGCGGAGCCAAGCUGAGCUGCCUGAGCUAUGAGAUCAUUCCUUGAGGCGAGACGUGCGUGUGGCCCCGCCCUUCGACAUUCCUCCUCCAAUGAGACAAGAGCUAGAUCCUGGCUGUCUACAUUUCAGUGUUAACGGUUGCGGCGCGGACACUGGUUCCGGCGUUCGCGCACACUUACACGCGCGCGCACGCGCAUAUGCGCCUGGGGCGGUGGUUGGAGGCUACGCGCGCGCGGGACUCGCGGAGCUGGCGGGCAGGCGGGCGCGGCGAUGGGCGAGGCAGACGCGGGGACGCCUUCUUUCGAGAUGACCUGGAGCAGCACAACAAGCAGUGGCUACUGCAGCCAGGAGGACUCCGACUCAGAGCUCGAGCAGUACUUCACCGCGCGUACCUCGCUGGCACGCAGGCCGCGCCGGGACCAGGAUGAGCCUGUGGAGUGGGAGACUCCUGACCUUUCUCAGGCUGAGAUUGAGCAGAAGAUCAAAGAGUACAAUGGCCAGAUCAACAGCAACCUGUUCAUGAGCCUGAACAAGGAUGGCUCCUACACAGGCUUCAUCAAGGUUCAACUGAAGCUGGUGCGCCCUGUCUCGGUUCCCUCCAGCAAGAAACCACCCUCCUUGCAGGAUGCCCGGCGGGGCCCAGGGAGGGGCACAGCUGUGAAACGGCGCACUUCCUUCUACUUGCCCAAGGAUGCUGUCAAGCACCUGCAUGUGUUGUCACGCACGCGGGCACGCGAGGUCAUCGAGGCCCUGCUGCGCAAAUUCUUGGUGGUGGAUGACCCCCGCAAGUUUGCACUCUUUGAGCGGGCUGAGCGCCAUGGCCAAGUGUACCUGCGGAAGCUGUCAGAUGAUGAGCAGCCCCUGCGGCUCCGGCUCCUUGCAGGACCCAGUGAGAAGGCCCUCAGCUUUGUUCUGAAGGAGAAUGACUCUGGAGAGGUGAACUGGGAUGCUUUCAGCAUGCCUGAACUACACAACUUCCUGCGCAUCCUGCAGCGGGAAGAAGAGGAACACCUCCGCCAGAUCCUGCAGAAGUACUCCUAUUGCCGCCAGAAGAUCCAAGAGGCCCUGCAUGCCUGCCCCCUGGGGUGACCUCUUGUACCCCUGGGUGGAAGGAGGAAAGUAGGCAGCACCGAGGGCGUGCCGUGUGAGUGUGAGAAGGCCCAUGUGGCCUGAGGAAUGAGUGUGCAUGGAGGCCCUCUCUUGCUGGGGGAACAAGCCCAGAGAACAGCGAAGGAGAUGGCCCCCUGUGUCCACCAGUGGGUGUAGCAGAGCAUGGCUCUGCACCCAUCUGCGCUUCAUGUACUGGGUCAUGGUGGGCUAGGGUUGCCCUGGGACACUGCUCCAGGCUUGCAGCAGGAGUAGAACAGACAGAAGUCUCCUUAAUUUGUGUCUCAGAUAUGAGAAUUUUGGAGACCCUACCAACAGAAUAGGGUCAUGUUUGCAGGGAUGAGGGCUCUCAUCUAUGGCGAAAGGUUGUGUGUUUUGGGUCUUGGAUGAGGUCUGAGGACGAGCCAAGGUUGGGUGUGCAACAUAAGGCAGGUAUCGAGGAAGAGUCUAGGGUUCCCUCUGCAGCACCCUCUGACUCCUCACACACCCUGUGAUCAGGGAGUGCUGGCUCAUGGCGCAGCAGCAGUGCCUCAGUGCCUCCUCCAAGGAGGAUGUCCCUGGGCCAGGGUCUGUGUGAGUGUGGGUACUGGCCCAGGUCUGUGCCUUGUUUGCCAGUCAAAGCCAGGGUCUUGCCCUUGGGUAUUUUUGAUGAUGUGUGCGGAUGUAUGUAAUAUUUUGUGGCCUCAGCUGAAUGCCUCCUGUGGGGAAGGGGGUAGGGGUGACAGUCAUCAGGGCCUGGGGCCUGAGAGAAUUGGCUGAAUAAAGAUUUAAGAAUUCU